GGGAAGCGGCGGGUGAUGGACGGGCGGGCGGCGGCUGCGGCGGGCGGGGCGCGGCGCCCUUCCCGUGGUGCCGCGGGAGCGGCGGCCGCAGCGGCCGCGAUCUCAUCCGGGUCCCGCAAGUACCGGGACGGCGGGGCCGGGCGGGGCCGGGGGCGCGGGAGCGGCCGCGGGGUCGGGGCGCGCCGGGGGGAGGGUGGAGGCGGAGGGACCGAGCGGAAGGGCCCGUACGGGCGGGUGCGGGGCCUCGGCCCGGCCUCUCCGCCGCCUUUGCCGCGGGCCCGGUUCAUUGUCCUUAUUCCCCUCAUCGAUGCCUUUUCCCCUCGUUCUCCCCCGCUCUCCUCCAGGCUCACGGGAAGGUCCGGAAGUGCCGCCCCCGGGAGCCGUCGGCGCCAGUCCUGUUCUCAAGCUGUCCUUGCUACAAAGGGAAUUCUGAGUCACACAUCUGUCUGGUGAGAAGUGACACCUGUGGAACGUGACUGGUAAUUCAACAGAAGUUUAAUUACUGUAGUUGCUAUGAGACUGCUACAGCUUGCUUACUUAAGACCCAGGCAACUGGUAAAAUUUGGAAAUUAGGAAACCUUAUUUUAAAAAUAACUUCCUUCUGUGACUAGGGCGAGCAAGGGAAAGGCUUUUUCUAUGGUGAGUGUUAAAAAUGCCGUCUGCAGCUAGCCUGACUUGUCUUGACUGAAGCAGCAAUCCUGCCCCAGCUCUGAAGAUGCCUGCACUGUGGGAUGAGGUAGUAGGUUGUAUAGUUUUAGGGUCAUACCCACCACUGGGAGAUAACUAUACAAUCUACUGUCUUUCCUAAAGCAGCAGAUAAUCAACAAUGGAAGCUCCUCAGUUUUAAGCUCAAUGUCAGAUUUUGCUGAACUUCUGUACUUGUAAUGCUUAUGACAGGACAAAAUACUUGUGUAAUAGCUAUGGGAAUUGUGCUUAGGUUUUUCUAGUUCUUGGAAAAGCUAGGUUUCAUUCUGCAUUAAUUUUUCUGCCCUAAUGACUAAAAAGUUAAGAAUAGAUUAUUCCUGUAUGUGUAUGGUGGGACAAUCAAAUACAAAUUCCAGUUGUUGGGAUGUUGGAUCAAGCGUCCUUCAGAAUGAAACUGAGGUUGGCUGCUGAGCCCUUGCUUCUCUGUCAGAGUGAGGUAGUAGAUUGUAUAGUUGUAGGGUAGUUAUUUUACCCUGUUCAGGAGAUAACUAUACAAUCUAUUGCCUUCCCUGAGGAGUAAAACAAACUGCUCUCCCUUGCAGCCAGUCCUGGGCUAAAAACAUUCAUUGAGUGAAACGAGAUGAAUUCAGGCUUGGAAAGCAGCAGUGCCAGAAUGCACAGGACUGACAGUGUGAAUGGUGCAACCCCCACAGGAUAUCCUUGACUUAACAUAACUUUUCUCUCAAGGUGAGUGGCACAGUACUGGCUGGGAAUGGAAAAUGCCCAUGCUUAGGUAGAGGGUAGAACACUCCACAGAGGAAAGUUACUCUAAGCCAGUUAGGAGAACGUAAAAUACAGGGAGCUCAAGCUUGUGCAUUGUGAUUUAAACUCUUCUGGCACCCCAAUUUCCAUAAUGCAUUAAAACUCUGUGACUCCCAACUGCUUGGUAGAAGUUGGAGGGAAGACUUAAAAUGACCCUUUAUUAAUAAGUCUACAUGUUUUUCUGCAGCUUUUCCAGAUCCAAUGCAAAAUUUAAGUGUUGGCCAGUUUGGGCCAAAACUGACCUCUCACCUUUCUGCGGGGGGUGUGAAGCUAUGGAGUUUGAGCAUCCAAGAGCCAGAACUUUUCUCUGAGGUCGUAUUGUUUCUGUAAAAAGACUUCUGAAGUUUAUUGCAUUCUCUUUUGUCCUACUGUGCUUGGUGUACCCAGUCUGUAACUGGUUCUGUGCUAGCAUGCCCAGCAAGCAGCUUGCUGUAGUAACAAAAAACCCCACGGAAAUAAAUGCUUUUUGGGCCGGGAAGCUCAGCUUAGGCAGAGUGAAAAUGGAGCGAUUGGUGAGUGUUACAGGCAAUGAGCCCCUGUUUGUCAGUGCUGACAGUGUCACCUCGGAGUGUGUGCCCAGCCAGGGCAGAAGAGCAGAGCAGCUGGGGAGCUAAAGUCCUGCAGAGAGUGAAGAACUGCACAGAGGAAGCGUGGGGCUCCUAGGAAGAGGUAGUAGGUUGCAUAGUUUUAGGGCAGGGAUUUUGCUCAGAAGGAGGUAACUAUACAACCUGCUGCCUUUCUUAGGGCUUUAUUAUAACACCAGGACCUUUUGGGCUCCAGCCUGCAAACCUCUGCAGCUCUGGGACAUGGAGAGAAAGGACAAGGUAUUUCUAAGGCUGCUGAGGCUUAAUGAAAACUGUGUCUUGGCAGAUUUGGUCCCCAAUGGAAGUGUAGGAAUGCUGGCUGGAAUGCAGCAUGGUGACAUUGGGGCUGCACGUGCCACUUUGGGGACACUGGGCUGUGGUAAGUAAGAGGCUGUGCUGGGAAGGCACUCCUUCCAGAGUAAGCUGGAGGCCCCUGAGGCUAGGGUAGAGGUGUGAGUUUCUGAACAUCAAGGUACUGGAAACUGUGUGCUCACAGGGAGCUGAAAUAUACCUUCCUUUGGCUUGGUGCAUUUCAAGUGGAAAAACUCCAGUUUUCCUUCCCCAAAAGUAUCAGAUUCCAGCUCCCCUGAAAGCUGGUGCUUUCUCACCAGGCAUGGCACUCAGAGUGAACAAGCUCUCGGUGCAUUAUUUACAGUGCUGCAGGGAGGAAAUUUCCAGUUAAAAAUGGUGGCGUGGUUUCUCAUGGAAUUGUUAAAAAUCAGUCCACGUUUUGUGAUGUAAUUGCAGUGCACCACAGCAGUAGUUCUGGUAGGGCUCCGGCUGGGCACUGUUCUGUGGGAUACUGUGAUGUCAGUUCUAAGCACCUUGCAGCAUUAAUGUGCUGUGCUCACACCUGCCACCAUUUAAAUUGCAAUCCAGACACAGAACUAGCUUAUAAACAUGUUAGGUAUUGCUUAUAUUGCUUAUAUUGCUUAUAUUGUGUGAAUUUAACUGUACUUUUUUUGAUUUAGUUAAUAAAAUACAGCAUUUUGUGCAACUGAUAGUGAAUUGCCUUUACUUUCUCCUAAAUGAAGACGUGAAUUUUAAAGGAAAAAGCAGUGCCCACAUUGAAAUAAACUCAAGGCCAUAUUUAGUCUUCACUAUAAUUCCAACACUCUAAUUAUGGUGUUAAUUAUUUUAGUAUUAACUUUUGUUUAAGAUCUUUGGUACAAGACUUCACUGCUUGGGUAGGAAACAUCUAUUUACUGCUGAAUGUGCAGGAGCUCUGCUUAUUCCAGACCUGGUUUCUGACCAUGAGUUUAAAUUGCUGCAUAAAAAUCUUGACUAGUCUUAACAUAAUCGCAGCUGGUAAGUUGUCUACAGGUAAGGCUCAGACACCAGUGAGUUUGAAUUUGGCAGGACCAAAUGCCUUAAAAGCUUUAAUACACCUAACAUUUUACAGAUAGAAGUGGUAUGCUUACAAAAGGUUUAAAUCAUUGCUACCUACUGCAGCUGGUUCAGCAGUCUUGUCUCACCAGAUUGUUUCUGUGAUCUGUCUGGAUUCCACCCAGUGGACGGGAGCUGCGCAGUGGGGCUCGUGGUUGGUUUGCCUUUUUCAUGGGUGUAUUCUGAGGGGUGCAUGGAUAAGGUGCAUGACAAGAGCCCUUGUAAUGCAGGCAGUGGUGAAAGAAUGCACAGCAAGCAGUGCAGGAAGGGCUGCAGCAGCACUGGGGACUUGUUUACCACCCAUAGUGCAGUGAUUGUGUCAUGGUGGUCUUGGAAACAUUCCAGUAUUGCUCCAAAAAUAGAAUACACAGCCCCAGCCCAGAUCCACAUCCCAGGGGAGCAAUUUGUGUGUGUGUGCUUCCAUGCAGAAAGGUGUGCUCUGAAUUCCCCCUGUAGUGUGAAACCUGAGACCUGUUAGGCUUUUUCUGGGAGAGAAAUUACUGCUCACGAACUGUGCUUGCAGAGGGCCUCUGGGUGCUCAUGCCAUGGUCAUGGUAGGGGAAAUUGGUGCAUUAAAAAUUCUUUUGUUGAGAAUUUGGGGCAUGGCAGACAAGAAUUUCCCUCUGCUGUGUCCAGUUCAGGGAUCUCCAAUAUAGGAGGGAUGUAGAACUGCAGGAGAGAGUCCAGAGCACUGGACCAGUUCCCAGGGCUGGAGCCCCUCUGGAGCCAGGCUGGAAGAGCUGGGAAUGUUCACCUGGAGAGGAGAAGCUCCAGGGAGAGCUCAGAGCCCUUCCAGGGCCUAAAGGGGCUCCAGGAGAGCUGGAGAGGGACUGGGGACAAGGGAUGGAGGGACAGGACACAGGGAGUGGCUUCCACUGCCAGAGGGCAGGGAUGGAUGGGAUAGUACAUACUAGCAGUGCUGGGUUAAUGGUUGGAUUCUAUCAAAAGGCCUUUUCCAACCUGAAAUAUUCUGUAACAUCUUUAUGCCCACAAAGCCCUUCUUGCUCUGUCCCCAGGUAAGCAGCAAGCUGGACUCUCAUCAGUGCAGACAGGUUUUUGCUUUACAAGACUUAAUUCUAAAAUAACUGAUAUAUAUGCAAGGGGAAUACAAAAACCAUUGAAAAAGAGGAAGACAAGUCUCAGAUACAUUGGUCAAGAGACAAGUUCAGCUAAGAUUAUUGCUUUUACCUGAGCCUCCCAAAAGAACAGAUAUCCCUCAGUUCUAGAGCCAUCAGAGUAUGGUGUGGUCUUCAGCCCCCAAGCUGAAGCUGUGAAUUUAAUGUCAUAGUUCUGGAAAGAUGAGUCCUGGCAGGAGCUACUGGAGGCAUCACAUGUCAGUGUGUGUGUUGUUGCAACAUGAGAAAUCAGAUUUGUUCUAUUUGUUGUAGUGGAAUUGGAUUUUCAGGCUGGUUUGUUUCAGACACUUGAAACCACUCCAGUGAAGAGGCUUUGGAAAAUCAGACACUGUUCUCUUCCAGCCUGUUGUAUUAAAGCAAUCUUCAAAAUAAAGCUCUUACAAGCCACA